AUGUUCUAUUGGGUCAUAACCUAUCUUUUCUACCGCUGGACAAAAGUGAUUUCACAAUUGAUAUUCACGAAGAAGAUUAUUGAUGUUGCGCAAGCGCACGGCUUGUCGGUUCUGGAGUUUGAGCAGUUCAGCUGGUUGAGCUUUCUCUUUCCUUGGAAGGAGCAAGAGGUCCAGCACUGGUUUAUGGAAGGCCACCAAGACGCUCUGACCUUCCUCAAUCGUGCUUAUGCCCUGAUCCACAUCCCAGGGACCGUUGGAUUCAUCGCGUGGUACUACUACAUCGCACCGUCACACCCGACCUUCGCCCUUGUCCGACGCACGCUUACACUCACCAACUGGCUUGCUUUCCUGACCUUCACAAUCUACCCCUGCAUGCCUCCUCGCCUUCUACCGCCCGAAUAUGGCUUCCUCGACUCUGUUCGCCAUGACAAUGCUACAUCCAUAUGGAUGUCUGGAGACUUCGUCAAUAGCCUAGCAGCAAUGCCAAGCAUGCAUUUUGGCUAUGCCUUCGUCAUUGGUUGUACAAUGGUCCAUCAUUCUGGAAUCUUUAGAAGGACUCUAGAAAAAGGCGAGGCAAAGAAAACUCUGCCAUGGAAGAUACUCUAUGUCAUGAUUGCGCUGGGGUAUCCAAGCUUGGUUCUCUCUGCUAUUGUUGCAACUGCCAACCAUUACUGGAUGGACGCACUGAUGGCAACGAUUGUAGCGUGCGUGGCAUUUCUAAUAAACAAAAUCUUCCUCGUAUUUUUACCAGUAGAGGACUUAUUGCUGUGGGCGCUGAGGUUGGAGAAACCUGCACCCACUACAGGGGUGAGAUUUCGGCAAAGAGGCGGGAGGAUCUGA